CUAAUCGACCGCUGCGAUAUUAGCACGCUUUAAUACGGUGUCUGUUGUCAUACUCAUUCGGAAAUCGCUAAUUAACUACAAAAUGCUGCGUACUCUAAGAACCACAGCCUUGUUGCGAGCACAGUGUAAAAAUUAUGCAGCUACUGCCUCAUAUGCGUCAAUUCCGCAGCCUCAGACUUCUCCAGACGUGCUCUACACCGGUCUCUUCGUAAACAAUGAGUGGCACAAGAGCAAGUCGGGCAAAACCUUCGGCACCAUUAACCCCACCACGGAGCAGACCAUUGCUGAGGUGCAAUCCGCAGGCAAGGAGGAUGUUGACUUUGCCGUAAAGGCGGCACGUCAGGCAUUUAAAUUGGGCUCCCCUUGGCGCCGCAUGGAUGCUUCGGACCGUGGUCGUUUGCUCUACCGUCUGGCUGAUCUCAUGGAACGUGAUCAAGUCUAUUUGGCAAGCCUGGAGACCCUCGACAAUGGCAAACCAUACAGCAUGUCCUAUAACGUGGAUCUGCCGACUGCAAUUAAGAAUCUGCGUUACUUUGCCGGUUGGGCGGAUAAGACUCACGGCAAAACGAUUCCCAUGGAUGGUGAUUUCUUCACAUAUACACGCCAUGAGCCGGUGGGUGUGUGCGGCCAGAUUAUACCCUGGAACUUUCCCAUUUUGAUGAUGGCCUGGAAACUGGGUCCUGCCCUGGCCACCGGUAACACAAUUGUCCUGAAACCUGCUGAGCAGACCAGUCUGACAGCAUUGUACAUCGCCCAACUGGUGAAGGAAGCUGGCUUCCCCGAGGGCGUGGUUAAUGUGCUGCCCGGUAUGGGUGAGACAGGUGCUUUCCUGGCCAAUCACCAGGAUGUCGAUAAGGUCGCCUUCACGGGAUCCACAGAUGUUGGCAAACUGAUUCAAUUGGCAUCGGGAAACACCAACUUGAAGCGUGUCACGCUCGAAUUGGGCGGCAAAUCGCCCAACAUUAUUUUGGCCGAUACCGAUUUGGAUUAUGCCGUGGAGUCGGCACAUUUUGGUCUCUUCUUUAACAUGGGUCAAUGCUGCUGUGCCGGCUCUCGCACCUUUGUGGAGGAUAAGAUCUAUGAUGAGUUUGUGGAACGCAGUGCGGAGCGUGCAAAGAAGCGUUCCGUUGGUAAUCCCUUCGAGCUGACCACCGAGCAGGGCCCCCAGGUCAACCAGGAGCAGAUGGACAAGAUUCUGGGCCUCAUCAAGACAGGCCAGGAUCAGGGCGCCAAGAUUGUCGCCGGUGGCAAGCGUCCCCAGGGUCUACCCGGCUAUUUCGUUGAGCCCACGGUCUUCGCCGAUGUCCAGGACAAUAUGACAAUCGCUCGCGAAGAGAUUUUCGGACCCGUUCAGCAGUUGAUUCGUUUCAAGAAACUCGACGAGGUCAUCGAACGUGCCAACAACUCUGACUAUGGCCUGGCUGCCGGUAUCUUUACCAAGGAUCUCGACAAGGCCAACUACCUGGUGAAUGGUCUUCGUGCCGGCACAGUUUGGGUUAACACCUAUAACGCCUUAGCGGCUCAGGCUCCAUUCGGUGGCUACAAGAUGUCCGGCCAUGGACGCGAGAAUGGCGAAUAUGCGCUCUCCAAUUACACAGAGGUUAAGAGUGUCAUUAUCAAGGUGCCACAAAAAAACUCUUAAAUACUCCCCACAAAUGAGGAUGUUUUUUCUAUUUGGUGCAGACAAAUUGAAAUAGAACUUCCAGUUAAGAUUACACGCACAUUUACUCGGCAGUGACAUUCGCUCUGUAUUUUCCAUUUGAUUUAUUAUAAGUAAAAACUGAUUUAAAUACAAUUGUUUAUAAAAAUAA